AUGCACGUGACAAGUCUGGAUCUGUCCAAGAGGAGAUACACGACAGUCCCAUACGACCAGAUUGACGAGAAUGUCAACUGGCUGAUUCUGAGUGAUAACAGAAUUCGGGUAAUUGAUGAGAAUAUUGCGAGAUUCUCGAAGCUGAACAGGCUGGCGCUGAACGACAACCGCCUUGAGCGAGUCCACUCGAGCAUCGGAGAGUGCCAGAGCAUCAACUGGAUGGAUUUCACCCGAAACAGACUCAGAGACCUGCCGCCUGAGUUCGGCCGCCUGACUCGCGUCACCGGCCUCGGCCUCUCCGACAACCACUUUGAGGAGAUCCCGGACUGCGUCUUCCGCCUGCUCAACCUGCGCAAGUUCGGCCUCUUCUCCAACAGCAUCCGCUGCAUCCCGCCCAAAAUCAGGUUCUUGGUGAAUCUGGUCAAAAUCGACCUGAGCAACAACAGCAUCAGCGAGAUACCUGAGGAGCUGACUGAAUUGCGCAACUUGAACUGGCUGAACCUGAGCAACAACAAAAUCAAACAAAUUCCAAGAAGCAUAAACAACUUAUGCAACUUGGAGGAGCUCGGACUUGGAAUGAACGAGAUCGAGGAGCUGCCGAACGUGUGCAACCUGAACAAGCUGAGGAUCUUCCCCGUCUUCAAGAACCGAAUUGUUCGAAUUGACAGGUCGGUCUUUGGGCUGGCCGUGAUCGAGAAGCUCGACUUCUCUGAGAACCAGAUCGACGAGUUCCCCUACGCCGCACUCUCCAGCCCCACUCUCCGAUACCUGAAUCUGCGAAGCAACGGGAUCAAACUGGUUGAUUCGCAGCGCCUGAAGGCCACGAAGUGCUCUGCAAUCAGCCUCCUCGACGUCAGCGAGAACCAGCUCCAGUUUGUCCCGUACAAGUUGUUCAAAAUGUUUUCGACCAGCACGUCCGUCCGACUCUCAGGAAACCCAUUCGCCUGCCUGCCGCCUUCAGUCCCAGCCUCGCAGUCGCUGGUCGAAAUCUGCUUCACCAAAAUGAUCCGACUCGAAAACACCGUCCCAACCGACCCGUGGCUCGUCCGCCUUCAAAAGAAGCUCACUGUCUGCGACGCCUGCAAAAAGCACUUUGUCGUAGACCCCCACAAGGUCUACCUUGAAAGCUACUUUGAGCCAGAAUCCAGGUUUGUAGUCGAAACGAGUCUCUGCUCCAAGACGUGCUUCACGCUAUUCAAUACGCAGAAGAAUAUGCAAAUAUAG